AUGCGUCAUGGAUGGGGUGUUUGGAGUGGAUCUAGUCUGCGUUAUGAAGGUGCCUGGGACAAUGGUACGCGCCACGGUUAUGGCUACUACCGUGCCUUGAAUAAUGACUCGCGCUACCUCGGUCAGUUCUCCCGGAAUCUGAAGGAUGGCCUCGCUGUUAUUGUCACAGGCGAUGGAACACUCUGGCGCACCCGCUGGACCCACGGCACCUGCGUCGAGAAGCGACUGCUCUUCGACGAACCGGACGUGCGAGGUCGUUCGCGCGGCAGGUCUGUAGGCCCAGCGGCCGACGGGACGGAAUCAGCGGGCGAGGGGAUGGACCCAGCGGCGGAGAGGAGCACAGAACCGGCGGAGGCAGGAGCCGUAAAGAAUGCAGACACGGUGGAGGCUGCAGACACGGUGGAGGCUGCAGACACGGUGGAGGCUGCAGACACGGUGCAGGCAGCAGCCGCCAUGACUAGAGAAGCGGUUGAGACUGGAGCCGUAGAGAGUAAAGAUGCGUUGGAGGCAGGUAGCGCAGAUGCAGGUGCUGCGGAGGCAGGUAGUGUGGCGGAGUCCAGGAGUGUUAGUAGUGAUAGUAGCAGCGACGCGGAGUUGUAUUUUGGGGGUUGGUUUGUGGAGUCGUGGAGUUCGAGCAUGGUCGCGAAGUGUUUGGAGUGCACGGGUAUCGCGUUGGAGUACUCACAGGCGAUGGUGGAGAACAAUGUAACGGGUCGGGUGAUCCGGUCGUUGUUGUUGGAAGAGGAAGGUUUGUCUAGGUUGGGUAUUCGUAACCCGUACGCCCGUCGAUUUAUCGAGAUCGUGUGGUCCAUGUUAUUGGGGCGUACGUUUUGUGCCUCAGGUGGUUUGUCUUCAAGUCAUACGGAGACGGCGCAGUAUUCCCGUGGUACGGCGACUUGUUCAGCGUCAUUACUGGGAUUACCUUCCGCUCGAUGUGAUGGGUCUCCGUCGGCUCGGCGUGACGGUCCGGGGUCGUCUUCGUCGUCUUGUCCGAGCGUGAAUGGCCAGUUGAGUUUGUCAAGUCUGUAUUUGGAGAAGCGAAUUGGUGAAGGUGGCUAUGGCUGUGUGUACAAAGGUGGUUACGAGUUUACUCGGGGUGGUCCGCGUGUUCCGGUUGCCUGCAAAAUGUUUGUGCGACGACAGGACAUGCGUCGCGCUCACUUGCUGCGCCAUUAUUUGAGUAAACAGGGUACUCGGGGACCGGGUACUCGGGGACCAAGUCAUCUGGAGCGGUUGAACCGGUUAUGUAUGUUACGUCAGCAGUCACCUUCCGAAAAUACAGCAGAGUACGACAUGCACAAAAGACUACGUCAUCCCCACAUCGUUCGACUGUACGGAUUCAUCAACGGUCCAAUAUGUUGUACCGUUAGUGAGUACAUGACUUGUGGCAGUCUUUACGACCUGUUGCAUGUGUACAAAAAAGGUAUGUCCAUCAACAACGUCAUCAACAUCGCCGAACAACUAUCCUCCGCACUUUACUACCUACACCACAAAGGCAUUGUCCAUUGUGACCUUAAGACCAGUAACAUACUUAUCAACGAUAAUGGCCAUAUUAAGCUGUGCGACUUCGGCCUCACACACUCCCUCUUCGACUACCCCGAUGGACACAUCACCUCAAGAACACGACCCUCAAGAACACGACUCUAUCUCAACAAGUGCAUGGGCACCGUCCAGUACAUGGCUCCCGAAAUACUACGCUCCGAAUUCAUCUCCGCCAAGUCCGAUGUCUUCUCCUUAGGUGUAGUCCUCUGGGAAGUCAUCACAGGCACCAUACCUUUCAGGCACGUACCGCCCAACCAUAUUGCAGCCCUCGUCGGCUUCAUGGGACUCAACGUACUCGACUUCCACCCCGCCUACCAACACCAUUCUGCCACAGCCCAAGCUAACCUCCUCUCUCUACCCCCACCCCUCCUACACCUACUACGCUCAUGCCUCAACCCCAACCCCAAUCGCAGACCCUCUGCAGAAGCACUCUACAAGUUCCUCAUCGACCUUAAACAAUCUAAAACCUUCUACUUACAACACAACCUCAAAAACUUCUUCGCACUCUGA